ACUUUUGUAUCUUUGCAAGCGCCGUUAUGAGCAGAGCAGCCCAAGCGCCAUAAGUCAAAGUGAAUCAAACUAUAACGGAGCGCGAGACCAAAGUACCAAAACGGCAGUAAAAACAACAAGAACAACAUCAGCCCAACAACAAAAACACGCACGGCACGAAAGCGCAGUGUGCAGCAGGACAACAACAACCACGACGACAGCAAUUCAAAAUGGCGCCAAUUAAGGGCACAACUCGAGCAGCGGCUGCUAGCAGUCAGACAGCGGUCAUAAAGGGAGUUUUACCGUUGCGUGGAAAGGGGCUGAGCCGACGGGUGGCGGCGGGUGGGAACCACAACCAAAACAACAUCGAUCCAAAUAUGGAGAAUAUGCAGACGCGCGGCAAGCGCAAAGCGGACAAUAGUCCCAUCAAAAAUGAUAAGAUCAAGCGCACGGCGCUGGGCAAUUUGACAAACAAUGUGAAAAUUAUGACCCUGCAUCCCGGCGAAGAGGAUCAGCAGCAACAGCAGCAAGUACAAGCGCCCAAGAAACCUACAGCACAGCAGCUGCAGACGCUCCUGGAUGCUAAGAACAAUGACAAUGGGAACGUGUUCGUCGCCGGCGCAGCCAUAGCAGCCCCUUCCAUGCCCAAUAAAAUAAUGACGCGCGCCUCAAGCAAGAUAGAAGAUGCCGUGGAGAACUGCCACAAGGUGCUCGACAAGUUCGAGGAGGCGCUGACGCGUCCAAAGACGCGUAAGUCACUAGUGGCCGCCAAGAAACCAAUGGCCAUGCCCAUGGCCAUGCCGGAUGCAGUGCCGCAGCCUUUGCUCAAAUUGCCGGCACCGCCGCCACCACCACUGCCAGCAGCAGCGGCUGUCGUUAAGCCAGUGCGUCGCAUCUCAAAUGAUUUUAACAAGACUGAGGAGAGCCUGUAUAUGUCUGCGCUGGAGGACAUCUCCACCUGCGAUUCGAUGCGUCUCUCGGGCAACUUUGAGGCCACCCGUCGACGCUCCGCCAAAUUGCAACAAAAGACUGACCAGCCAACGGUAGUGCAGCAAUCGAUGAUGAUUGCAGCCGCUGCCGCUGCUGCUGCUGCCAAAUUGACGCCUGUGCCACCUGUGCCCUCGGAUGUGGAGGACUUUGAUCGCAAAAAUUGGGAUGAUCCGUUCCAGGUCUCCCACUAUGCCAUGGAUAUAUUCAACUAUUUAAAGAAGCGUGAACCAGAGUUUCCCAUACACGAUUAUAUGCCGCAGCAAGUACAUUUGACCACCUGGAUGCGAACACUGCUCGUCGACUGGAUGGUCGAGGUGCAGGAGACUUUUGAACUCAACCAUGAGACGCUCUAUUUGGCUGUGAAAAUCGUCGAUCUCUAUUUGUGCCGCACGGUGAUCAACAAGGAGAAGUUGCAGUUGUUAGGCGCCGCUGCCUUCUUUAUUGCCUGCAAAUAUGAUGAACGUCAGCCGCCCUUAAUUGAGGAUUUCCUGUACAUUUGCGAUGGAGCGUACAAUCACGAGGAGCUGGUCAAAAUGGAGAUGGAAACGUUGCGCACCAUCAAGUAUGAUCUCGGCAUUCCGCUCUCGUAUCGCUUCCUGCGCCGCUAUGCCCGCUGUGCCAAUGUGCAGAUGCCCACGCUGACUCUGGCCCGUUAUAUUUUGGAGCUAUCGCUGAUGGAUUAUGCGACGAUUGGAUUUAGUGAUUCCCAGAUGGCAUCGGCUGCUCUAUUUAUGGCGUUGCGCAUGCAUGGCGGCGUCGCAAAUGUGCACAAAAAGACCUGGAGCUCAACGCUGAUCUACUAUACGGGAUAUCAGUUGGCAGAUUUUGCCGAGAUUAUACCCGUGCUGAAUGGGGGACUGCAUCGGACGCCGCGGGCCACAAUCAAGACGAUACGGAACAAGUAUUCACACAAGAUCUUUCAUGAAGUAGCCAAAGUGCCGCUGCUCAGCAAUCAGCAGAUGUUCCAAUGCAAUCUCGAUCUGAACGAUAGCAACUCGUGCACUGGAUGAGAAUAUAUCAAGAUUAUCGAUGUAAGCGACAGCAAGCUUUUUCCAUUUAGCCAAAUUAACAAUCGAGAAACAAACAAACAAACAAGAAAAAGAAAGAAAGAACAAAAAAAUGUUACGCUUCACUUAGACAUUAAGACCUAAACACCAACACAACAAAACAAAUAAGAAAAUAACUAAGAAGAAGCCAAUUCAUCAUAUUCAUAUGCAUAUUAUACAUCUUAUAUUUUUAUGUUUACUUAAUUUUAUUUUAUUUUGUAACAUUUCUUCACUGAUUUACCAUUAUGACCAUUACCAUUAACCAUUAACCAUUAUUAAUUUUUCAUUGUUUCACGUUUAUUGUUUAGACACAACUGACCGCCACCCAUAAAUAAAAAUGUAUCGAUUGUAUUUAAAUA